CUCUCUCUCUCUUCUCUCUCCCUCUCUCUUUUCUCAACGUCUUGCAACUUUCAACAUCUCUCUCUCUCUCUCUCUCUCUCUUUGAGUUCAAGUGUAAGUUUUAAAUGGUGGCGUGAAGCAGACGUUUGGAAUAUCAGUCUCGGUGUGUUUUUUCUUGACAAAGAGACUCAGAGACUCGCCGAAGAACAGCACCCAACACAGUCGCGGCCGCAUCUGCUCUCGUCACAAUGGGCAAGAAAGAGCACAAAGACAACGCGAGAGUCGAAGCUGUUCUUCAACAGCUUCGGAAGCAAGCCCCACUCACUGUCAAACAGGAGAAGUUCUGCAACAAAGCUUGCGUGGAGAGGUUCUUAAAGGCGAAGGGUGACAGUGUGAAGAAGGCGGUGAAGCACUUGAGAGCCUGUCUCUCUUGGAGAGAUAGCAUAGGCAUUGAGCACUUGAUAGCCGACGAGUUCUCAGCUGAACUUGCGGAGGGCGUCGCCUAUGUGGCUGGCCACGAUGAAGAAUCCCGACCAGUCCUGCUUUUUCGGAUCAAGCAGGAUUAUCAGAAGUUCCACUCUCAGAAACUAUUCACCCGGCUGCUGGUGUUUACCCUAGAAGUCGCCAUCGGAACCAUGCCCAAGAACGUGGAGCAGUUCGUCCUCCUUUUCGAUGCAAGCUUUUUCAGAUCGGCAUCAGCUUUUAUGAACAUGUUGCUGGCGUCGCUGAAAAUAGUGGGGGAGUACUAUCCGGGUCGGCUUUACAAGUCCUUUGUGAUCGACCCUCCUUCUCUCUUCUCUUACCUAUGGAAGGGAGUUCGUCCGUUUGUCGAGCUAUCAGCUGCGACGAUCAUGGUGUCGUCCCUGGACUUUGAGGAAUCCCUGGACUUCCACGACUUCUCGGCCUACCCGCGUGCCUCGUCCCUCCGGUUCGACCCGGAGUCGAUCAAGUCGGCGGCCAAGGUCGGGCCGUGCUCGUCCUCCCGCUUCUCCUUCACCGUGGCCCACCACUUCGACUCGCUCAAGCCGUGGUACCUCACGCUGACCGACACGUCGACAUCCAAGGUCGGACCCACGAGCCCGUCCCCGCUAGGGCCGGCCCUGAUAUCCCCGCUGAACGCCCGGUCCUUCUCCUUUGCGUCCCCGACCGCCAGGACGCCGCAUGGCAGCGUCAUUGGCCCGAGGAAGUCGCUCUUCCCGUCGACCCCGCUGCCCCAGAGGACGACCGAGCAGGUCAAGAUCGCGCAGCCCCGGACCCCGCGCCCCUCAUUCCUCCAGUCCCCAGCCAUGUUCUUCCACCGCAAGGAGUGCCACGUGAGCCGGGCGGAGAAGUCGCGCGAGUCCUUCGUGCCCUUCCUCAAGUUCUACCGCAGGCCAUACGACGAGAUGAUCUACCGGUCGAAGAUGAAGCCCCCGUUGGGCGGCCUGAUCUCGAUCGUCUCACCCCACCUCAAGCGCCGCCACAUGUCGGUAUCGCAACGGUUCUAGAGAAGAAAAAAACCGAGCCAAAAAGGAAAAGGGAAAAGAAGGGCUAGCGACAAAAUUUCAAGAAUUGGGAGUAUAUAUUGUUUUUGACAUUCGAGUAUCAAUGUGAAGCUAGUUAAAAUAAUUUGACUACGAUCGUUUUUUGGUUGAAUCGAGUGUCCUCGUGUGUUUGAUUUGGCAAGACCGAGAAAGAACGGAAGAAUGAGAGGCGACGUGCUGAACGGGACGUGAAAUCUGUGCAAGCAAUUAAAACGGUGCAGCGUUUUUGGGGUCUUGGAGGUGGUCGGAGAGGGGGCAUGGGGAACGAGACAGCGUGGUCGGAACGGCGAGACAACAAUAUGCCUCGGAAAUCAUAUGCUCUCGUUGAUGGUGGAGAAACUAUUACUAUCUUCUAGUUCUUUUGUAAUUUUUUUUCUUUUGGUGGGUCAAAGAGUAUCAAAGUCCAAGGCGUUGAAAAAGGGAAAAUCUAUGUCCACUCGAUAUGUAUAUUUUAAUUCCUAUAGACAUGUUUGCUUUUUGUGUUUUCUCUUC